CAACUCACCGUCCCUUGCUGCUGCUGCUCAAAGCGCAUAUAUUCCCGGAGUAAAUCACGAGCUGCGUCGAACUGCUAAGGUACUCCAUCUCAGAGCAAUUUUGUAACCAGACAGGAUGUGCAACUCCAACGUGAAGUCCGCCGGCGGCGUCGCUCAGAUCGACGGCCGCCCGGUCCUGCAGCCGGCGGGUAACCGCGUGGCGGCGCCUGAAGGUGCCCGGCCGCUCAAGAAGUCCCUGCAGAAGUCGCUCUCCAUGCCGGCUUCGCUCGACAAUGCUGCGGCUACAACCACCUGCACGGCCACGCCGGAGAACACCCGCGCAAGCGACUUCGCCCGCGCUGCGGCGGCGGCACUUCUACCACCACCUACUCCAGCUUCGGUCAAUGCUAAGGCGACGAGGGUGGCUGGAGCCAAGGUGGCCAGCGCCAGGGCGGCGGCGACUGCUGCUGCCAUGGGGAGCUUGGACAGGAGCAGGAAGCCCGCCAAGAAGGCCGGCGGCGCCGUGCUGCCGGUGGUGGCGUUCGCGGGGCUGGAGGCGUACGAGCCCGCCGGCAGCAUCGCGGCGGCGCAGCGUGAGCACGCCGCGCUGGCGCAGGCGCAGCGCAAGAUGCGGAUCGCGCACUACGGCCGCACCGCGUCCUUCUCCCGGGUGGAGGGGAAAGUCAGCGCCACCGCAACGGGUACCGCCGAGCUCGUCACCGGGCACGACGAGAAGCGCUGCAGCUUCAUCACUCCCUACUCAGACCCCCUGUACGUCGCUUACCAUGACGAGGAGUGGGGUGUGCCCGUGCACGACGACGGGUUGCUGUUCGAGAUGCUCACGUUGUCCGGCGUGCAAGUCGGGGCGGACUGGACCUCCAUCCUGAAGAGGAGACACGUCUACAGGGAGGCAUUCUCCGGUUUCGACGUGGAUGCGGUCGCCAAGUACACGGAGAAGCAGAUGGCGUCGCUAAGCGCGGAGUUCGGGCUGGAUUUGGGCACCAUCAGAGGCGCCGUCAACAACGCCUGCCGGAUUACCGAGGUGAGGAAGGACUUCGGGACGUUCGGCAAAUACGUGUGGGCGUUCGUAAACAACAAGCCGCUGUCGCCGAGCUACAAAUACAGCCGGAAGAUACCGGUGAAGACGUCCAAGUCGGAGUCGAUCAGCAAGGACAUGGUGCGGCGCGGCUUCCGGUUCGUCGGCCCCACCGUCAUCCACUCGUUCAUGCAGGCGGUCGGGCUCACCAACGACCACCUCGUCUCGUGCCCGCGCCACCGCGUCUGCUCCUCCUCCGCUUGACCGAUCUGACCAUCGCCGGCCAAACAGUUACCGGCCAGCUCCCCGAAAGAAGCAGAAGGAAAAGAAAGCAAGGAAAGAGAAAGUAGUAGUAUACAGAACGGGUAUUGAUUUGCGAGUGUGUAUGCGUGUGCUUGGUGUAGAUUAUUGUCCCUAAUUAGGCAAGAAGCUUGAUUGUCAAA